AUGGAGACAACAUUAGGCCCCUUUGAUAUUGAUUUAUUUGCUAGAGAGGCCCCUCGAACAGUGCGUAGCUUUCUUCAGCUGUCUGCUGAAGGUUAUUAUAAUAAUACUAUUUUUCAUAGAUUAAUCAAAGGCUUUAUUCUGCAAGGCGGCGACCCCACAGGUACAGGGAGAGGCGGCUGCAGCAUCUAUGAUGAUGAUGAUGGCGAUGAUGAAGAUGCAUAUCAAGAAGACAAAGACAUACAAGAUCAACGGGGGGCCAUCCACGAGGGGGCCCCUAAGCAGGGGGCCCCUAAGGGGGCCACCCAGGAGGGGGCCCCUAAGCAGGGGGCCCCUAAGGGGGCCCCUAAGAGGGGGCUUCCUAAGGUUGCAGGGGGCCCCUUGACUCUGGAGCUGAAUUCCCGACUGCAAUUUCGUUAUAGGGGUUUGAUGGGUGCAGCAAGAAGAGAUGAAGAAGGCGGGGGGCCCCCUUCAAUAGGCAGUCAGUUUUUCUUUACGUUGGGUAGAGCAGACAGCUUAAACUCAAGAUACACCCUAAUGGGCAAGGUGAAGGGCCCCUCUUUAUUUAAUUUGCUGCGAGCUAAUGAGCUUGCUGUAGAUAAAUAUGAUAGGCCUCUAGAGCCCCCUAUAUUGCUGCGCAUAGAGAUCUUAAGAAACCCCUUCACAGAUAUCAUACCGAGAAACUUGUUGCUGCUGCAGCAGCAGCAGCAGCAGCAGCAAGAACAAGAAGGUGAAGAAGAAGAAGAGGAAGAGCAGCAGCAAAAGAGGCCGCAACUCGCAGUUGCUAAAGCUGCGCUGCUGUCUUUUGCAGAAGACGAUGAUGACAUACAGCUGCAGCAGCAGCAGCAGCACGAGCAGCACGAGCAGCAGCAGCAGCAACGGAAGGGACCCCUCAGCGCACAUGACUUGCUGCAAGACCCUAAACUUUCAAAGCAUGCACCUUUGCAGCAGCAGCAGCAGCUAGCAGCGCAGCGCCUCAGGGAGCGGGUUGCUGCUCUUGCUGCUGAAGGGAGGGCUGCAGCAGGACCUGCUGCUGCUGCUGAUGAAGAGCUCGACGACAGCAGCAGCCGAAGCAGCAGCAGAAGCAGCAGCAGGAGCAGCAGCAGGAGUAGGGACAGGAGAAGUAGGAGCAGGAGCAGGAGCAGGAGCCGCAACAAACCCAGCAGCAGCAGCAGCAGCAGCAGCAGCAGCUGGAGCAUGGGGGUGAGGAAGGGGGCCCCUCUCCCCCCCACACGGAGUGAUAUUGCUGCUGCUGCUGCAGCACUGCCAGAUGCAGAUUUGCUGUCUGCUGCACAGCAGCGGCGGCGGCUGGUGCUGCUGCAGCGCCAAUCGAGAAGCUCGCAGCAGCGACAAGCGGAGACCCUAGAGAAGCUGAAGGCCUUCAGGCAGCAGCUGCAAACGAUGCAGAAGUCUACAGGGAAGGGCCUCAAACCAAGCAGCAGCAGCAGCAGCAGCAGCAGCAGCAGCAGCAGCAGCAACAGCAAGGGGAAGAAGCGGGAUAAGGCUGUUGAAGCAGCUAAGGCCGCAGCAGAGCGGGUUAUGGAGCCGCUGUUUGUAAGAGAGGAAGUAAUAGAAGAAGAAGCAGCAGCAGCAGCAGCAGCAGCAAGAGAAGCAGCAGGAGAAGCAGCAGGAGAAGCAGCAGAAGAUGCAGAAGCAACAGCAGCAGACUGGUGGCAGACUGGGGGCCUCUGCUUCGCCGUAGACAGCAGCACAGCAUACAAGCUCGAUGCAGCAAGAGACAAUCUUACUGUUAGCGACCCUCUACGCAGCAGCAGCAGCAGCAAACUGCUGCAGGACCCGAAGCAAAAACUACGUGCUAAGUCGGGGCCUUAUGACGCACAGGGGCCCAGAGAACUCAAACCUUGUUUUUUAAAAGACUCAAACGGAUCUUAA